GGGGGGCAGCAACGCGCCGCUGCAACAACUAAGAAGAAGAAGAAGGAGGAAAACAGAAGCGCUUCAACAUGGCGGCUGACAACGAUCCGGAGUCGGAGGUGUUUGAGAUCACGGACUUUACCACCGCUUCAGAGUGGGAACGGUUUGUGUCCAGAGUAGAGGAGGUCCUGAACGAGUGGAAGCUGACUGAGAGCUACGUGGGGAAAUCGUCUCCAGGAAAGGGAGCAUUCGUCAGCGGCAGCUGGGGGGAGCAGUCGCACAACGUUCACUUUGCUGACUUCAAGUUCCACAUCACCCACCACUUCCUGAAAGAAGAAGGCCAACAGGAAGAUGGAAGGAGCGAAGAAGAGACUCUGCAACCGGCCAUGCAUGAUCUACUGUGCAUGAGCAACGACUUCCCUCCCAGAGCCCACUGUCUGGUCAGGUGGUUCGGCCUGCGGGAGUUUGUGGUGAUCAGCCCUGGAGCAAACUGUGAGGCCAUCAUCAGCGAGUCCAAAUGCAACCUGCUGCUCAGCUCCGUCUCCAUGUCGCUGACCAACAGCGGCUGUCAGGUCCCCAUGUUUGUUCAGAUCCAGCAGAAGUGGAGACGGAUUUAUGCAGGAGAGUGCCAAGGCCCGGGAGUUCGCACCGACUUUGAGAUCGUCCAUCUGCGCAAGGUGCCGAGCCAAUAUAACCACCUGUCUGGGCUCCUGGACAUCUUCAAGUCUAAAAUAGGCUGUAACCUGCUCCCUCUUCCGCCCGUCGACAUCUCCAUUCGCUACACCUACAUUCUCCAGGAUUGGCAGCAGUCUUCGUGGCCUCAGCAGCCUCCAGACUUUGAUACCCUGCUUGGAGGCGAAGUGGGAGGAGUGGAAUUUGGAAACCUUCCCUUUGGAGCCUGUGAGGAACCAAUCAGCGAACUCCACCUGGCCGCCACCUGGCCUCACCUCGUGGAGGGCAUCGUUGUGGACAACGACGUCUACAGUGACCUCGACCCCCUGGAAGCUCCUCACUGGUCGGUUCGAGUCAGGACAGCUGACAACCUUCAGUGCUUACUGGGAGACUUUAUCACCGAGUUCUUUAAGCUUUGCUGUCGGAAGGAGUCAGCAGAGGAGGUUCUGGGUCGCAGCCACGCUGAAGAAGAAGGCCCAGAAAACAGCGACAUCAGCUCUGCUUUGUCCAAACUGACGGAGCCAGCAGCGCCCGUCCCGCUCAGCAAACUGUCCGUGUCUAGCAUGGUCCACAGCGCCCGGAAGCACAUUCGCCGCCGCCGCCACAUCGACGAGUCGCCACUUAACACCGAUGUCCUCAACUCCAUUCUUCUGUUCCUCUUCCCUGAUGCUGCAGUGGAGAAGACGGACAGAGAGAAAACCACAUCGUCCAAUUCCUCCAGGAAGACGGACCAGGAGCGGAGCUCACAGGAUAACCUGUUCCUCCACCUGAAGUCGGCGCCUUCAGACAGCCUGACGUACCGCCUGGCCUUGUGUCUCUGCAUGGUCAACUACAGCUACGGCGGCCUGCCUGCCGUCACCCACCUCUGGCAGGAGUUUGUUCUGGAGCUGCGCUACCGCUGGGAAAACAACUACCUGAUCUAUGGGUUAGCAGCUGGACCUCCUGACCUUCGCUGUUGUCUUCUGCACCAGAAGCUCCAGAUGCUGAACUGCUGCAUAGAGAGGAAGAGGAGCAGAGAUGAAGCUCGUAAAGCUCAGGAGGGCAGCAGAGAGAGGGAGCGCCCGGCGUCAGGAGGACGAGCCUCCGCCUCCUCCACCAGAGAGGGCUCUGGAGGAAAGUCCUGGGACUCCUGGAGCGACAGCGAGGACGAGUUCUUUGAAUGCCUGAGUGACCAGGGGGACAUGGAGGCGUCCCAGAACGAGGGGGGGAGGGACGGCAGUAAGGGGAAAGCAGAAGGCCGUCUGCACCCCUACAACAACAUGACCCUGCUGGCGUCUGCAGAGCCGCUCUAUGUUCCCGUCACUCAGGAACCGGCGCCCAUGACGGAGGAUCAGCUGGAGGAGCAGUCGGAGGUCCUGGCUAAGUUGGGGACAUCAGCUGAAGGAACCCACCUGCGUGCUCGGAUGCAGAGCGCCUGUCUGCUCUCAGAUAUGGAGUCCUUUAAGGCGGCCAACCCCGGCUGUCUCCUGGAGGACUUUGUCCGCUGGUACUCACCCAGGGACUACGUCGAAGAAGAAGUGGUGGACGAGACGGGGCAGACGGUCCUGAGAGGAGAACUCAGCGCCCGAAUGAAAAUCCCAGGGAACAUGUGGGUGGAGGCCUGGGACUCUGCCAGAGUGACGCCUGCGCGCCGCCAGAAGAGACUGUUUGAUGACACCAAGGAGGCAGAGAAGGUGCUGCAUUAUCUGGCCAUGCUGAAGCCUGCAGACCUGGCUCAUCACCUGCUGCCCUGCAUUCUUCAUGCUGCCAUCCUGAAGCUGAAGCAGGAAGAGUCGCUGGAAAACAUCCCAUCAGUGGAAAAGAGCCUCCAACAGGCAACCAGCCAAGCUAACAAGCUGCUGCACGCCGCUAACCGGGACCACAAGAAGGUGGAGGAUUUUAUCAACCAGUUGGUUGCCAUGGAGACGGCGAUCGCUGAAGCGCGUUCGCUCCAGGCCAAGUUUGCUGUGGAUGAGGAAGAGGAUAAUGAAGGUCCGGCGGAGCUGAAGCGGUUCAUCACCUCCCUGCUGGAGGAACCGGAGGUGGAGGUGAUGGGAGCCGGACAGGCCCGGAUCGGCAGAACCAUCCACAGGCUGUUCAUCAACGCUCAGCGGGCGGCUCUUUUGGCUCCAGCGGACGACGAUCUGGAAGCAGAAGAAAGCAGGAAGGUUCCAGACUUCCCACCUCCUGCGGGUCGGGAGGUUCUGCUGCGGACCUGCGUUCCCCGACCAGCGCCGUACUCCAAGGCUCUGCCCCAGCGACUGUUCUGCGUUCUGAUGAAAGACGAGUUCAGACUGGCGGGCGCCUUUUCUGCAGACACCUCCUUCUUCUAACGUCCGUCUCUCUGGGCGUGUUGCACCUUCUACUGCUUUAACGGGCCGCUGUCGGUCCGGAUGGACCUUGUUGGUUUUAGGAUGAAGUUUUUAUCUUUAGUCGUGGUUCCAGCCUUGGCUCUCAUAAAACGGUUCGGAUCGGAACCGGACCUUCCUUCCAUAUUCAGAUUUAUUUAAGACCAAACCGAGUCAGAGACGAGAUCCUCGAAGUGGAGCGUUAAGGUCAGCCUCAUGUUCUGGUUCUCCAGACGGGAUGUUGGUGGAAUAGAGACUGUGAGCAAACCUGGAGGAGAUGCUACUGAACCCUGAGCUGUAAAACUGACAUCAAAAUAAAACUGAAAUAAAAACCAAAAGUGA